GAACCAUCAGCUCCAUUUUGAAUCGUUCUGACUUUCUGACAAGACAGUUUGAUGUAAAUCAUAUAUUUUUAGAGAGUUUUUACAGAUUUGAUCUAAACCUGAAAAACAUUCAGAAUCAGACAAUAAGGAUUAAUUAGGAUGACUGUUCAAGCUGUCUUUGUCAUCAUCUUCAUGUUUGCGACCUCCGUGAAGGCUGAAACAGGAGGAGCAGAAUUCUGGAAAAAAGACGUCACACUAACUUGUCCUGAAAGAGGAACGUGGCAUAAGGGACAACCAACAACUCCAGAAGCUACAACAUCUCCAGUAGUGUCAACAAAAGAGUAUACAUUCCUAUAUGAACGGCAAGUUCUAUACACAUGUCAAUACAAGAAAAAUGAACAUACGUCUCCAACAGUGAAUUAUUAUUUCUAUGUCAAAGGAAAAGCCUGUCAGAACUGCUUUGAACUGGAUCCAAAGUUCUUUGUGGUGAUCAUUGUUGUGGAUGUAAUCGGUACCGCUGUUGUGAUGAUGAUAAUCUACAGGUGCUCCAAGAAGAAAAGCUCAGAUGCACCGACCCCCUCCAAUAAACCGACUCCAAGAGCUGGACACCGGGCUCCACAUGGUCCAUCUGAGUAUGAGACACUCAACCCAAACACCCGAUCACAGGACACCUACUCUACUGUUGUGAACAGUGGCAUGGUGAACAGGACCGGAUAGAGACAUCUCCUUUCCAAUUAUGAAACUCCUUACAUACAUCCUCACAUGUUUUAAUUUUGCUUUAUUGCAAAUCCCACAUUUGUUAAAGGUGCAGUUUCAUACUGAAAAGUAGAAAUGUGCAGUCCUUGUACAUUAUGCCAGCUUGAAGUCAUUCUGUGGGUUCAAAACACGUGCAGCCUUAAAACAUUAAAACAAAAACAGCAAACAUUGUUGAUAGGUGACACAAACUAUUUUGUUCUACUUGUCCAUUAAAACAGUUUAUGCAGCAUAAAGCUGUAUAAACGGUUUUAUGCCAUAAACACACAUUGUGGCAGAUGUGUUAAACAUGAAGUUAUUAUGUUAUAUAGUAAUGAUUUUACAAAGUAUAUCUUUAUUUCUAUGUAUUUGGGGUUUUAAUAGGUUUCAUUUAUAUUCAGUUUAUUUACAUGGCACAACUCACGUCUCAAGAAAAUUUACAAAGAAAAAAACAGCUUAUGGUAAAUUUAGAAUAUGUUUCAAACUAGCGAAGAACAGAAAGUUUAUAUGUAUAAAGGUUAUAUAAAGUUUAUAUAUGUAAACCUUAGUAAGAAUGAAGGUGGACUGGUUUAAUUUUUACCACUAAUUAGAACUUUCAAUGUUCCCAGUUAAGGGCAUCUUGAGGCUCUAUAUUAUACAUAUUAUGCUUUGAAUAUUCAAACUUUUUAUUAGCUUUAAUAAAUAUCAAGCUUGUAUGAUCAAACUCAAACAGUUAUUUGCUUUAUUGUUUUUUUAACUGUAUUUGUGCUUUUGCUGAUGUUUAUAUUGCACAAGCAGCAA